GCCGCGUCGCAAGCAGUUGGCAAUGACGUCAUCAACAUGGCCGAAAACUGCAACCAAGCAGUGAGCAGCGAGGGAGUAAAGCGAGCAGUGCAAGGCGAAAACUUCGAGGAAGCAGUUGGCGGAAAAAUACCAAGCACCGAUGGAAGUGCUGAUAUCGAUAGCGAAACCGAUAUCGAUGUAAGAAACGGUGUUGAGCAACAACGAGUGGCAGUUGUAAACAAAGGACUAGAAGCGCCAAAUAUGUCACUUUCAUUUGCCAAGGAAAUCAUCAUGGAUUUUGAUGGAUCUUCUUGUGCAAACAUUUGGACCCAGCAAGUACGCAACAUUGCUGAAAUGUACAACCUGGAUGCAGUGGGCAUGAAGAUGGUGAUUGUGUCCAAACUGAAGGGUGUCGCUCAGCGCUGGUUGCAUGCAAAUGCAACGCGUAUUAUGGAGCCGGCAGAGAAUCUUUUGGAACAGCUGAUAUUAGCAUUCGGCGAUAAGCUUUCAAAAGCAGAGGCACGACGCAAAUUUGAAGAUUUAAAGUGGCAUCAUUCCGAAAAGUUCGCGGUGUAUUUUGAGGCAAAGACAAUGCUAGCCAGCAGCAUCAACAUCGAACCGGACGAAUUGGUUGAUCAGAUAGUCGAGGGAAUACCAGCACAGAAUUUGCGUGAUCAAGCCCGGAUCCAAUGCUUCACAGAUCCGAUGCAAAUUCUCCGUGCGUUUGCUGGUAUCCGUUUGGACAAGCCAAAGGAGUUGGUGUCGAAGGAGCUGAACAGGAAUAGGAGCGACAACGGAGGAUUCCGCUGCGGUAAUUGCAACGCCAGAGGACACAUCGCUAAGGAUUGUCGAAAGCCAGCAAGGGUGCCAGGAUCCUGCUAUGCUUGUGGCAAGUUCGGCCACUUCGUAGCCCAAUGCGAGGAAAGGAAGGGAAAUGCUAAAAAUAAAUAUCAUGCAUCUCAGACUCUGGCAGUCCAAUUUCAUUGAUUAAAUUAUCUUUGUUGCCCAGGGAGGCCAAACUACAUGAAGUUAAAGAACAUUAUUUUGGUAUAAAUAGAAGCCCAUUACAAAUCU